AUGGAUAAUCAACAUUUGUUUAGCUUAAUAAAAACACCUGACAGCCCCUCUGCCGUAGUGCUGAGUUCAGACUCAUCGUGGACAUUCAAUAGUGAUAGCGACACAUCGAUUUCACCAAGCCGACCAGUGGACGUGGCGGAAAUCCGUCAUUCGGUGGCGGUGAAAAUCUGUCCAGCUGUGAAGACGACCGACACGAUCGCGAAGGUUGUAAAUCCUCACCUGGACAGCAAACCCAUCAAUGCGCACGUAAUUUCACCUACGGUUUCCGAAGAACAGUCCACCGACGAACAAAACACUGACAUACAGGCCAUCACCGACGAACACACUUCCGUAGCUGUCUCUCCGACUUGUCACCAUCAACAGGUUCGUUCGUCGAGGACGUUAUUAUCCUUCGACAGUUUGUACGGCAUAGACGGCAAAGACGUCUGCGCCAAACCACAGUCGUCGGAUAGCGGUGGCGUAGUGUACAAGGGGCACCCGACCAUUAGGGUUGACGUGGCCGUUCAAGUGGAUUUCCUGAAUCUGCAACAGACCUCCAGUCCGGGCGGUAACGCUGGACACCUGCAAACAUCGAUGGGAUUUCGGAGUGAUAUCACGGCGGAAGCGAGAGACAUGGGCUUUCACAGCGGUGACAUGAAUUGGACGAUACCCGAGGCCUCCAUCGAUACAGAGAACAGACGACUCGCAGCUCAUCGUUGCAAACCGAAAGUGUUUAAGAAUUUGAUGAUAAACAAUCAUAAACAGAUCAUAAAAGUAUACAUGAGUCGGUCAAACAAGGUGUCCACCAAUCCGGCGCCUUUCAUGCGAAGGUCGUCGUCUUUCAUCAACCGGCAGGCGGCACAAAGGGAAACUGAUCGGAAAAAUUAUAUGAUGGUGAAAAAAUUGAUAAGCGUCAAGGCUGAAGUUUCGACAUUUCGUUAG